UGUGUUUAUUUUGUGAGUGUGUAAUGUUUGGCAAAAUUUUAAAAUAUCCUAUCCCCCAAAGUUUGAUGGUGGUUAAGUUUGUCUAAUUAAAAUAAAGCUAAUGAAAUUUUAGUGAAUUAAUUAAGAAUGGCCAAUCUAUGUAUCUAUCUGUAAUUGCAUUGUUGCAUCUGACGACUAUAAUAAUACAAACAACAAUGAAUUUGGUUGUUUGAACGGUUUGUGCAUUAUUAAUUUCUGAUCGUUCGUUGUUGGUUUUGUUGGCGUUGGUGGUGAUGGUCUAAAUAGUUAAGUGAAUGUGGUGCGGUUGAAUUUUAUUUGAAGUAAUUUCCACUUGUGUGGUUGUAUUCAAAGCUGUUUUUUUUUUGUUACCUUUCAAUCGGAUUUCUAUGGGUAAUUUUAAAUGUGGAACAAAAAACUAAAAGUGGCGCCCAACGUGCAUUGAAUAUUGCCCUUAAUAUAAAGUUUUUAUUUGGAUUUCCAUACAACAACAAAGUAUUUUUAUGUUUUUUUUUCCUGCAUUUAACUGAGAAAAACUGCCAUGCAUUUUGAGAGUAUCCUGUUGUCUGACAUUGUUGAAGAUAAGCUUACAAUUCAAACGGUGUUUAACUGACCUGGGAAUUUAAUAACUUUUAUUUGCCUUAUUUUAACAAUCUCACUGCUGCAGUGAAUCACGUCACGAUUGCCCGCUGACAAACAGAGGUAGUGUACCAAAAAAAAAACAAGAGUAAAUAAAAUCUGCAAAACACAGCAUAAAAAGGAUAUCCCUUGUACGCGUUCCCGAGAUCCCUAUACUUAAUCGCUACAAGUACAUAAAUUCUUUCGGUAUUUAACUAUACAACUAUAUAUGUUUGGUCUUAAAAAUAGAGGAUUACCCGAAUAUACGUUAUAAAUGUGUACAUACACUGAAUGGGGGGCUAUCGCGCGAAAGUUUUAAACGGCUGUACACAGUAACUCACCUUCAGUUUCGUUUCGUGACGGUUACCCAUAUUUUUAGUGGUACUUUUUUUUUUCUUUUUUUUUAUAUUUUUUUUUUUUCUACUUUCGGGGCCAGUGUCGCGUUGAUAUAUUUCCUCUAGAAAUAAUUUAUCUCUGAUUUAUGCAGAGUUUAUUCAGUGCGAGGUUACUCUGGGUGCUUUUUCGUCGUCCUGGUUGCCGUUCUUGUCGUCGUCGUCCUCGUGGUCUAAUCGUGUGGAUGUACCCCUUGUGAAAUAAGCAUUAACGGGAAUGCAGUCCCCCAAACACACCGCACCAUACCAUGUGUAUAAAAUCGCUUAAUUUGUAUGUGGCGACAAUAUAAGCCUGUUAUGCAAAUAUUUGCCGCCUCUCUGGUUUUCACAUACAAUACAUAUACUGUAUAUGUAUGUACUUACGUAUAGUGAAGUGUGAUUAUGUUGUGUCACUCAACAUCUUCCGGUGACCUUAUGGAAUGUGUGGUUAAAAUUAUCGAAUCUUCCCAUUUGAUGUGCGAUGCCAAUGUGCAUUUAAUUAAAUUCAUACCUCAUUCGUGUCACGAGCGUUCCUCGUUAAUUUCAUUACUUACCGUGGUUUUCAGUGAAUAACAACAACAACAACAACAACAACAAAACAAAAAGGAAGCAAUACAUUGUAGGGAAAAAAAAAUAUCCUUCUUUAAAUUACAAAAAGAAAAAGUAUCAAAUAUUCACCAACAAGAGAGUGGAAUAUUUUUGUUCACUAUCAUUAGUAACAUCAUCAACACACACCACUACUUCUGCAAGACAUAGCAUCAUCAGAGCCAUCAACAAGGAUAAUGGAUUACGCUUUUUGGAUAAUUGGAAUUCUCUGCACUGCGAGUGCAUCAGCUGAGAUUAUCCUUCGAGUGGACCCGUUGGCUCUUUUAUCGGCCACAUUGAGGACAUAUCAGAAGGCAGCUUGUGACACGGAUCAAGUAGUAAUCUCAUGCCCGAGAGGAACAAGCAUAUCCAUUGAAUUCGCGCAGUACAAUAAGUUUAUAGCUAAAGAUGGUAUCGCAAUCGAUGAACUCUGCCCCACAGAUAAUCACCCAACGCAAAUACGAUCGAAAUCAAAGUAUUUGCUACGCGGUUCGACAUUUGGCUCGCCUACACAAGUUGUUCCAGCGAAUCGUUAUGUUGGUGCUAUCGCUAACGCUAUUGGUCUAGCUAUAGUUACAAAUACCAAUAGCACUUCUACAACCACCACUGUCACCGAACAGGAGCAACACCAGGAUGGAGAUACCAACAGUCCGGAGAAUUGCAUGUGGCCCAAUGCCCUUCAGUACUCACUUUUGCAGACAGUCGUGGAAGCAUGCCAAAAGAAGAAACACUGCAAAUUCAACGGAUCACCCCAGUUUUAUGGGCUGGGAGCCAGCGGUGUCGGAGACACAAGUGGCAGCAGUAGCUACCACAGCAGCACAUCGACGUCGACGUCCGGCAUCAGUAUGGAUCCUUGCCCGAAGCGGAGGAAAAUUGUCGAGAUUGCAUAUAAGUGCAGGCCAUAUGAAUUUCGCAGUAAGGUAGCCUGCCACAACGAUGUAGCCCAAUUAGAGUGCAACCCAUACUCUCGAAUUGCUGUAUAUAGUGCAAGCUUUGGUCGAACUGAAUAUGAAAGCAUACAGUGUCCACAACCUCAGGGUGUUAAAGAGGAAACCUGCCUAGCUUCGUAUGCCACCGAGACAGUUAUGCAAAUUUGUCACGGCCGUAGGAGAUGCAACCUAGCAGCAGACGCAAAUACCUUUGGAUCACCAUGUCAACAGAAUUCCCGCAUGUACCUUAAGGUUGUUUACACGUGUGUGCCCAAACAAGUCCUCAAGGACCAGUAUGAAAGCGAUAUUGAACCAGAUGAAUUGGAAGAUUUCGAAGGCGAUGUAAAUGAGCUAUACGAUGAUGAUCAAUUUUACAAAGAAUCGGAAGCAAUACCUAAGCUUUAUAGUAAUGUUACACGAACUAAUGGCAGUAUAAAUGCAACAAACUCCAGUGGUGCUGUAAGUGGAAUGAAUAUGACAGCAAUGGAUUCAGAUGGAGCAGGAGUUAAUCCUGUUAUGACACAUAGUUCGGAUCUAAGCUUGGAAGAUGACCAAGAACGUCUCUUCCUGUAUCUACUAAUUGCGGGCUCAGGUGGAGUCGUCGUAUGCAUCGUAAUUGUUGCUGUACGUGUUAUAAUGCUGAAGCGUCAUGAUCACAAUGCAGACAGUCAUUCGCAGUCAUCGGGGAAGGGAGGUGGUGGCGGUGGAGAGACAACCAUUCCAAAUGGAUUUAACGAUACGAUAUCGGAAAUUGAUGCAGACAUCGACUUAACGAUUCCGGUGCCAGUGCCGAGCGUUUCAAAGAAUGAGAACUACAUAACUUAUGGACCAACAUCUAGUUUAUAUGGUAGCCUGGGUCCAUCAAAUAUAUCACAUACCUCAUCUACAAUGCUUUUACCACCCACAAUGGCCAACCCCCUGAUUUGUGGCAGUGGCGGUGGCGUUGGCACCGGUCCCAGACAAUCACCAGAUAUUAUCGGAAUAUCGAAUGCUUACAUGGCGGCAGCAACUUCAACGACGACGACAACAAACACUAUUGGGGCGCCCCAAAUCCAUCUGCCAUCAACAUCAACAUCACCAGGAACAGCUGCAGCAGGUAACAUUGUCGGUUCUGGACAGCAGACAUCAAAUGUCAGUAGUAGUGCAAUAGGCACCACUGUCAUCGUUCCUAUUUCAUCGCUAGCACAAUACACUACCGCACCCACUUUCCGUGGACCCGGAUAUAUAAUGGAUCACGAUGGAACACUGCACCGACCACCAACGGUGGCAACACCACCCAAAACAGCUAUGGUGGCUAUGUCACCACCAAUUUCAGCAUCGGCUCACAGGCCGCAACAACAGCAGCAGCAGCAGCAGCAACAGCAACAGCAGCAGCAGCAUUGCACAAAUUUCCCAUACGAUGGAACCGCACCAAGGACUCUAUCUACCGGUGUCCCAGUCAACUCACAAUUCUAUUAUGGAUGACAAAAUCCAAAGGAUGACAAUACAACUUGUCUACCAGCGGGUGGCAGUGGCAGCACCACUUCUCCUCUACAGAUUAAGCCAAAUUCCAAUGCAAUUGUUCUGAUAGAUGCAGCAAAAUCAAAAGAUACCAAAGCUAACCAGAGCAACAAACAGCAUAGCAGUACGAGUUCCACAGCUAGUAGUAGUACAUCAGAACGGACAUAUUGUUUUUAAAAUUAAAAAAAAAAAAAAAAAAAAAACAAAAGAAAACCACACAAAAAUAGGAUAUAGCUUAUUUGAUGGUUUACACUUGUAUAUAAAUUAUUUCUACAUAGUUAUAAAUUUAUCUUAACGUUACACCUGAUCGAUUAGGCUAAGUAUGAAGAAACAAAGAAACAAACAAAAAAAAAAAAACAAAACUAACCAA